GAGAGCGAGAGAGAGAGAGAAGGGGGGUUUAAAUGCGAGCACAUGGUGUGGGAUCGGGGCCGGCUGUCCUCGCUUGGAGCCCUAAUCGCCCUUCACGUGUUCCUCCCUCCCGCCUUCGUCUCGCCUAUUAAUACCUCAUCGUCUCCUGGGGGUGGUUCGCCAGAGAGAGCCCAUCGAAGUGCGCAGGCAGCGGAAGAGGGAAAAGGGCGUCAUGGAGGGAGGAAAGAAGCAGGACGCCGGUGCCCCCGCCAAUUCGUCGUCCUCCUCCUCCACUUCUUCUUCCUCGCCCUCCGGCUUCUUCAGCAGUGUCUUCCCUCCUCCUUCCACGGUGAUGGCUAAGGAUUCAUCGCAGAGUGACUUGUACUGGACCUUGAGCAAGCAAAGGGCGGAUGGUUCGAUCGGGAACGCUCAGGGCGCGGCAACAGAUGGCAAAUCACAGGGAAGUCCAACCAAAAGGCAAACAGCACGGGGCAAGGAUGGUAAACCAGUUGAUCCCGGUCAAUCUGAAGAAUCAGCCUAUUUCGGUUCAUCUGUGCACUAUGGGGGUCGUGAUUUCUAUGUCACUUCUCCAUCCAACCAAGUCUCUGGAGCUCCAAAAAUUUAUAAAGCUGAUGAAGGGGAUGGUUCGGGUGACACAAACAUUGCCAACAGAGGUGAAUGGUGGCAAGGUUCCCUGUACUAUUGAAGACUAAUUAUGUCAGUGUGCUUUCCAUUAUUAAGGAAGAAGGUUGUUGGGAGAGCUACUGCCAUUCCGGUGAUCGGGUCGCAUCUGGUUUCUUCCUACAGGAGUCCUCUUAAGCAUCAGAGGAAGUCUGGUUUUGAUUUGUUUCUUGGUGUCUAGGUUGGCAGAUUACAAAUAUACUAGUGUCUUUAUAGAAGUAUAUUCUAUAUGUGGUGUUUCUGGCCUUUCACCUCCAGCUUUUAUUGUAGUGAGGUUGUAAGUUUGCUCAGAAAUGUAUCUUUAAUACACAGGAAUAACAUAUAAGCAGGUCUUUUGUUAAAAAGUCAA